CAGCCGAGCGCCGAGAUGAGCCUGGCGGAGGGUCGCGCCCCGCGCAGAACGGCCGGGAACCGGCUGUCGGGGCUGCUGCAGGCCGAGGAGGAGGACGAGUUCUACCAGACCACCUACGGCGGCUUCAACGAGGAAUCCGGGGAUGACGAGUACCGGGGGGAACACUCGGACACGGAGGACGAGGUGGACUCGGACUUCGACAUCGACGAGGGGGACGAGCCGGGCAGUGACCAGGACGAGGCCGAGCCCCGGCGGCGCCGCCGCGUCCUCACCAAGGCCUACCGGGAGCCCCUGAAGAGCCUCCGGCCCAAGAAGCCGGAGGGGCCCCGAGGGGGAUCCCAAAAACCUCGGGAGGUGAAAUCCAUCCCCCUGGAGCUCCAGGAUGACGUGGGAGACAGCAGGAAGCACAUGCGCCAGUCGACCACGGAGCACACGCGGCAAACGUUCCUGAGGCUCCAGGAGCGCCAGGUCCAGUCCAAGAGGAAAAAAGGGGGAACGAGCUACGAGAGGCCCCUGACCCAGGAGGAGCUGCUGGAGGAGGCCAAAAUCACGGAGGAGAUCAACCUGCGCUCCCUGGAGAACUACGAGCGCCUGGAGGCCGACAAGAAGAAGCAGGUGCAGAAGAAGCGUCAGUGCGUGGGGCCCGUGAUCCGGUACCUGUCCCUGGCCAUGCCCGUCAUCCCGGAGCCCCCCCGGCACCUCCUGGACGUCGAGGGGCUGGAGCAGGACCCCCCUCCUCCUCCUCCUCCGCCCUCCUCCGACCCUUCUCCCUACGGGAAGUGCUCCCGGACCUUCAUCUCCUUCAGCGACGACGAGACCUUCGAGCGCUUCUUCCCGAAAUCCAAACCCCCCCGGCUGCCGGUGCGGGAGCUGUGCCCGGUGACCCACCGGCCGGCCCUGUACCGGGACCCCGUCACCGACAUUCCCUACUCCAGCAUCCGAGCCUUCCGCAUCAUCCGCGAGGCCUACAAGAAGUACAUCACGGCCCACGGCCUGCCCGGAGCCUCCCUGGGAAUUCCGGCGCCUCCCGAUCCCGGAGCCGCUCCCGGAGGAGCCGGAGCGGCCACGGCCCGGCCGGGAAGGCAGAAGAUCGUCAUCAAACAGAGCGUUCCCAGCGCCUGAGCCGAGGGAACGGCGGGAGAAUGGUGGGAUAACGGCGGGGAGGGAGCGGGAGAACGGCCGGGAUGGAAACGGGAUAAAACCGGGAAAGCGCCAGGGGAUGGCAGGGAUGGGAGUGGGAUAACAGCCGGGAUAGAAACGGGAUAAAACCAGGAUAAGCACCAGGGG